CAAACACUUGGUAACACAUCUGUGUAAACGUUGAUUUUCCAGAUGACCAAGUUGUUUCUUCUUUUCUUCCUCCAUGUUUCCCUCAUUUGUCUCUCCCUUACUACGCCUAGUGAGUGCUCCAUUUUAAGGUAUGAUCAGCUAGACAGGUUUUCUUCUUCUUCUUCUUCAGAGGAACAAGUGUUUGAACUGUUUCAGCUGUGGCAGAAGGAGCACGGGCGAGAGUAUGGAAACUCAGGGGAGAAGGCAAACAGAUUGCAGAUUUUCCAAAGGAAUUUGAGGUAUAUCAAUGAGAUGAAUGCAAAGAGAAAGUCACCAUUUCAAUAUCGUUUUGGUCUCAACAAGUUUGCUGAUAUGAGUCCUGAGGAGUUCAAGAAAACAUACACACAAGAGAUAAAGAUGCCCUCCAACUGGGACAACAUUAGGAACCUGAAGGAUGAUGAUGACUCUUGUGAGAAUCUUCCUGCUUCUGUGAAUUGGACGGCAAAGGGAGCUGUUACUGAAGUUAGAGACCAAGGAAACUGCCUUAGCCAUUGGGCUUUCUCUGUCUCUGGGGCCAUCGAAGGAAUAAAUAAAAUAGUUACGGGUAAACUUAUCAGCCUAUCUGCACAACAACUCGUGGACUGUGACCCUGCUAGCAAUGGUUGUGCUGGAGGAUUUUACUUCAAUGCAUUUGGUUGGGUUAUAGACAAUGGUGGGAUUGAUACUGAAGCUAAUUAUCCUUACAUAGCUCAAAAUGGUACUUGCAAGGAGGAUGCAAAAAAGGUUGUUAGUAUUGAAAACCUUGGAGCUGUGCUUAAUUCAGAAGAAGGUCUCUUGUGCAGUGUCAGUAAGCAGCCUGUUAGUGUGAGUUUGGAUGCAACUGGCCUUCAGUUUUAUGCUGGUGGAAUCUAUGAUGGUGAGUUCUGCACAAAGAAUUCAACAUUUACAACUCUUGUUGCUUUAAUCGUUGGUUAUGAUUCCAUGGACGGUGAAGACUAUUGGAUUGUUAAAAACUCGUGGGGAAAAGACUGGGGAGAGAAAGGGUACCUCCUUAUCAGAAGGAACGUUACAGAUGAGUGGCCUAAUGGGGUAUGUGCGAUCAAUUUUGCUGGUGGUUUCCCAAUCAAAAUGGUUUCAUCAUCUUCGCCACUUUUAUCUUCGGACAUAUAGUGGAUUAGAGGAUGAACAGCUCAUCCUUUUGAAACCUAAAGGUUUCUCUAAGCAACGCCAUUUUGUAGUGCUGUUUUGGACUUGGGCAUAUUACUACUUAAUUAUAUGCCCUUCUCUCCAAAAAUAAUGUUUAUCAACUGCAUGUGUAUGUAAUAUACUUCUGUUGUGAUGCUUGAAUAAAAUAAUUGA